AUGGACGAAAAGUGCGGCCGCGAGCAGCCCUCAGCUCCCGCUCCUCUCACCAAUGGAGACGCCCAACAGCAGCAGGCCGCCGGCGACUUAAUCACCAAAGUAAGCGAUGUCUCAGACGGUCAGAAAACGAAGAAAAAGAAGAAGAAAACAGGUUUUGAAGAAUUAAAUGGUGAUGCUGGAUCAGAAGACGAGGUUGAAUUUGCAGCAAGCCAGGAAACCGAAGAAGUAAAUUUGAUUUCUUCCAGCGCAACUAAUGGCAGAAAGCAAUUUUUAGACACUAAUUUCAACCCCAGGCACACAACAAAAACUAUCACUUAUAACCGAGUGGGUAAUAAAACAAAGAGUUAUAAUCACAAAAACAGUAUGGACAAAAAAAAUGACAAAGUCUUUGAUAAUAAAUCUAGGGAUAACAGAUCAAUUGAAAAGAAGGAGGCAUUGUCAUUUCUCAAUGGUGUUAUAACUAGCAGCUCUGGGUAUAUUACAAAUGGAUUUUCUGUCAAGAAUUCAGCCGACAAUGAUGGUAGUGGAUCUGAGAGUGGUUACACCACACCGAAGAAACGUAAAGGCAGGAGGAAUAGUGACAAAAGUAUUGAGAACUUAAAUCUAUUUCAAGACAAAAUCAUGCAGCACGAGGGGAACCCAAGUCCUCCAAAGUUGGAUCUUGAAAAUGCCAAACUUGAGAUAUCUGAGCAAAAGACAAAUCGUCUAGAAAAUGCUAAGCCCAGUGGAAGGUAUGAACUCACAGCAGUUAGUCCAGUCACAGCUCGAGCGAAGAUGGGAGCUGGUGAAACCCAACGGAAGAACUCUGAUGGAAAACCUAGUGGUGGUAAAAAGUUUGAAGACCGGCCUAAAUCAAAGGCAGCAUCUGUAACUUCAAAGGAAGACUCUUGGACACUAUUUAAACCACCUCCAGUCUUCCCAGUGGACAACAGUAGUGCAAAAAUUGUUCCCAAGAUUAGUUAUGCAAGUAAAGUUAAAGAGAACCUCAACAAAUCACCCUCAAAUCAGUCAUUGGCUGUGGACACUCAGGCACUAGCUUCAGGUCGUUUGUCACAGGUUCCUAUGUCUGCUGUGAAAGCUGUCACCUCAUCUAGCUUCUCUAACGGUUUGGCUUCAGGAGUGACUGAUGGGCAUAUUGCUGUUUCAGGAGUCCACACAGUUACUGCUGCUAAUACUGUAGUGCCUGCCUCCUCUGGGAGUGAGACUUCUGUGUCCCCUGAUGGCUCAGACCCAAUGGCCAUGGAACAAAGAAAGCAGGGUCUCUUUUUCUACCCUUCAAAUAUGCAAUCUGUGCUUCCUAGCACGAAGCCAGUGGAACUGCCGUCACAGACAACUCAACAAAACCUGGGGGAUAUUUUCCAGAACCAAUGGGGAUUAUCUUUUAUAAAUGAGCCAAGUGCUGGCCCUGAGUUAGCCACUGCAAGAUCUGUGGACAACCCACCUCUGGAGGUGACGUUUCAAGCUGAAUGUGCUGCCUCUUUGGUUUCACAGGGUGCUGAACUGCUUUCAACAGGACCUGAAAUUGCUGUGUUUCCAAAGGCUUAUGAAUUAGACAAACGGACUAGCCCUCAGGUUCUCAGCAGUGUCAUGAAGACUGCCACAGUGGCUGCUGGUGUUUCUGCUGAGGGCAUGUCCUUGCCUAUGGAACCACAUGUUAAUGACCUGCAAAAGAUGGCUGCUACAAGCCAAAGUGCAAUAGUUUUUGUCCCAAAAGACUUUGGGAGUGAAACACCACAACAAGCCUCUUCUACCAAUGCUUUGGUGCCGUCAGCCAAAGAAAACCCAAGGUACCACAGAGGCUUUGACAGAAAGGACAGCUUUGGGUCAUUUGACUUGAAAUCUGCUGUUAUGUAUCACACUAAAGAAAUGGACUCUAUAUGGAACCUGCAUAAACAAGAUCCCUCUAGAGUAGUUACCUAUGAUGAAUCUAUGGAUCGUCCUGAUCAAUGAAGUCAGUUUGGUGAACUGCCUGUUUUCAUUGUUGCUGCAAGCCGCUGUCUGGAUGCUACUAUGCUCCUUUAAAAUCAUCUCUUUAGCAGUGGACCAGUUCAGGAGAAUCAUCAAAAAAAUAGUUUUUAAACAAAGGAAACCGAAUUUGAGCAAGUGCAAAGAGCGUGUCAUACAGUUCUUUUGAUGGACUCUAAUUGGGUAUCUAAUGACCUCUGGUACUGAACCUAUUACAAAACCAAGUCUGAAUGCAAUGAUCAGUGAAUAGUGGACUUUUUACCUAAGUCUGGUUCUUAAGAUCCUGCUGGUGUAACGUCAGGCUCCAAUGAACCACUGAAGGGGCUGUCCCACUUCACAAAGGCUGCAUUUUGCUGUGAGUGCACCAAGAUUCCACACGGGAAAACAGGAGGAUUACAAAACAUUUUUUAAAACCCAAAAGUUAUGCUGGAAUAAUGCCUUGAUGUGCAGUUUUCUUUUCUGCUGCAAGGCUCUCGGCUUUUGCUGGGAUUAUGUUGGUCAGUUAGGCCUUGGGGAAAAUUGUCUUAAUUCAUCACUGGGAAGAAAUCAGAAAGUCACAAGCAACUGCAAUAUUCAACAAUGCAGUGCUGGUUGUUCACUGGUCAGAAAGACCAUGCUCCACAUGCAAAAGGGUAUAUCACGUGAAAUUUGUGGAGUAGUUCAACUUAGGUAUUUAAUGUUGUACAAUUCUUUCCCUCUUAAUUUUUUUUAAAUUUGCCAUUGUAUGUGUUAGAAACAUAAACUGCACUGCUUCUGCUGUAGGGGCUCUACAUUCACUGUCUUUCUCUAGAUCAUUAAAUAUUUCAAUCAGUAGGUUAUUUCCCUGUUGUGCGUCUGGCCUUAACUAUUACAAAAUGAUAUGUAUUUGCUUACUAUGCCCUCCUUUUUCCUUUUAUAUCAUCUUGCUUUUUAAAACUUCGCAUUUUCAUGCAGUAUAUACCAGAAUCAUGCAGAUUAUACUGAUUAAAAGAAAAAGGAAAAAAAAAGUAGAUUUUGAAGUCAAACUAAAAUUGGAUCACCCUCCUACAUUCUUUAGCCCUCUUAAGGGACAGUUUAAAGUUUGAGUUUAAAAAGCCAAUUUGGUUAUUAAAUUCUAACGCAUUCUGUGUAGUUCACAGCUUUAUUGCUGCUUCUAAACUAUUAAAUAUAUAUUUUUAAUAUUAAAAACCUGCUUGGAUUUUUACAAAUCGGCAAAGAGCUUUAUGGCAAUAUUAGAAGUGAGUGAAGAGUGUACAGGCAUGGACUUCUGAGCGUGCAACAGUAGUUAUUAUACACUACAGCUUGUGCAGCAUGUAAGACUAAGUGCCAGAGUGGGGAGAGAGAUUUUUUUUGAACGUUCCUGUGGCUUUAUGCUAUGUCUUGCAAAGUAAAUGUUCUCGAUUUAAUUUUUGCUGUGUGGUUGUGGAAAGUAUGAUGUAACCCAGUGCUCAGCACCAGUCCUCCCCAGAUGCUCAAACUUUCACAUCAGUUUUGUUGUCUUGAGCACUAGACUGGAAGUGAUCCUAUAAUUUGCCUAACAAACUCAAAUCCUACAAUGCCAAAUAUAUUUCUGCUGGUCAUCAUAUUUAAAUAAACUCAAUUUUUGGGGAGAAAUUGGUGGUCAGGCUAGCAGUCUUUUUUUUGUAGGAAAAGUGUGCGCUUGCUAGACUUAAAUCUCUCACUUAUGAUAGCCAGAGUUAAACAACUGUUUAAUGGCAUCUGGGUGCAAAUCUGUCCAGCACUGUGUUUCUAAUUUCUGGAAAUGCUUAAGAUCCUUUUGUGUAAUGAUCAGAAAAUGCAGGAAACCACUGUCCUUUCAAAUUCUUCCAAGAGAGCAGAAAGGCUUGACAUUACUUUACACUUUAACUAGUCUGUCUAAUGUUUGUGCUAAUUUAAAUACAAGCAUCAUAAUGGUUUGCAGCUUGACCAAUAAUGUCAAGUUAAGUACACUUCUGAACAAUUCAACAUAGCAGGCAGUAUUUUUUUUAGAAUUUCGCCUAUUGCUUACUUUCUGCAGAUUGCUUGUAGAAAUUUUCAGUGACUCGUUGAAAUUUUUACUUGCAAAUGCUGAACUGGAAAAAUGUCAUACCUUAGAAUUAAAUUUUAUUCAUGCCAUCAAUUACUGAUUUCUAAUGGCUAUUAAAAGGCAGUUUAUAAUGACAACUCUCAUAACUUGGUUAUCAAUCCCUGAAAUGAGUGGUUCGGCAAUCCAGUACAUAUUUGGUACUGUAGAAUAUUCUGGUUAUUUAGGGCCACAGGACCACUGGGUAGUUCCACCCAGAUUUUGUUACGCUUACCCUUUCUGUGCUGUCUUUUGAUCUCUCACUUAUGUUUUCCCCUGCCUUGAUUCUUCAAUAAGCACUUAAAGUUUCUUAACUUUUUAUCUGUUUAUAUUUUUUUGGAUAGGCAUGUAAGUUUUAAGUACAGGUCAGUCAAUUGUGACUAAUUAGUACAGUGAAUGCUAAUGUGUUACUAUUGUAGGUAUAACAUUUUCCGCCUCAAGAGUGUUAGUACUGUAGCAUAAACCAAAUACAGUGUAGACUGUGGUGCCCCCUUCUUCUAUGAAGAGACUAAAAACAUGGGAAGAGGGACUGAAUGAAUGUGUGAGAUCUAUACAGUAUCUGGUGCAUUUAUUAGUAUUCAGAAUAAGAACUUAAUUUAUUUUGUGCCAUGUGUUGAUUUCAUUUCAUUGAUUAACGAUCAUCAUAGAGGUCUAAUUAUUGCAGAAUGGCACUAAGCAAGUAAGAUAGCAUAGGUUCUUUUAAAUUGUUGUUGCUAAGAUGCAAACUAAUCAUGGUUCAAGUCUUUGAUACCUGUAUUGUUUUAUAAAUAAAUCAUUUUUGUAAUGUUAUGUCAGUCCAGCUGUAGGCCUUGCAGGUCAGCCUUUUUUCAUUCCAGUUCCCAUGUAGCGUCCCCCCUCCCCCUCUCCCAACUCAAAGGCUGCCAGAACCUCAGGGAGUUAAGCUAGGCUGUCAACAUGCAUGUGUGCUCCAUAUUCCUGCCCAUGGUCAUUUGAAGAAAUUUGUCCAUAUUCCCCAUAAUUUCAUGUUUCAUAUGUUUACCAUCAAAACUGAUGGCAUGUAUGGUUACCAGGGCUUAUCUUAGUUUGUGGUUAAUUAUUGCAAGUCUUGUCUGUAUGCCACCAUAAAAUUACAUGUAUUUUUAAAUGCUUGCUAUUGUUACUAAUUAUGUUAAUUUAAAAACAAAAAAUUAAAAAAAAACUCGUGUGUAACUAUGUGGGACUGAAUAUCUGAUCUGCAGAAGCAUUUUGGCAGGUUACAGCUUGGAAAUUUUGGCUGUUUAAGCCUCGGAUUAAUGUUUCAAGGAUUUUUUCCCUUUUUCAAUUUUCCCCUUUUUAAAAUGUCUGUUUACAGUAAAAGAUAAAUUGGGUUGUAUGUGAAUAACUGAAGCUGCUACAUAGUUUCUGACCAGCAUGAGAUGGUAGGGUCAGCAUGAAAAUACUUAUGCAUACAACAUGGGAAGCUGGAAUCUGAAGGAGCACACCAUCAACUCCUUUUGACAUUUUAAUAUAGUAGUUCAUAAUUAUUUGCUCAGUGCAUACUGUACCACCAGAGUGAAGUUGGUGACUGGAACAUGUUGCUGUGUUCAAAUACAGUAUUUUUUGACCAGUAUUUGCCAGUGAAAUAAAUUACUGGUUAUGUAUUUCCAAAUGAAAAGAUAACUGAUUUUAUAAGUUUCAGUUCAUAAAGUGGCUACAGCCCUCUUUCCAUCAUGCAAAAGAAUAAGAAAGCUUUUUCCUUUCAAUUUUUGGAAAAUAAUCUUUCUGUAAAAUAAUUAACUUGUACUUUUUCAACACUGGCUGACUAUUCCAUGUUAAUUGUACAGGUAUUGUGAUGUCUAACCGAGUGGGUGAUAAAUUGUCUCCCUGAACAGAAUAAGUAAGGAUGUUUGUCUCUCAAUGGUGGGGGCAGGUAAUAUCUGUGCUGCCUCUUGCAGAGUUUCUAUAUUGAUAUCAGUAAUAACAACAUUUUACAUGUUCUUUUAAUAACAAUACAUAUGUCAGAUUUUUCACAAACUGAGGCGGCUAGCAAAGUGUUCUUUGUUUUGCAGCUUUGAACUUAAAUUUGCUUAUUCCCAAGUGUACUUAUGUUUGCAAUUUGCCCCAGCAUGGUGGUGGAAAGGUGCAUGGAAUAUUUAGUUUUCUUUUAAUUUCAAACUUGUGCUAAACUAGUCAGCACACACUUUUUUUUAAAGAAUCUAGAAUCACCACUGCUUUUUCUCCCUGCUGCAAUAUUUUGGGUGGGGUAAGGAUGUGCUGCAAUAUGCUGUGACUAAUUAUAGUGACUAUGCAUAGUAGCCAUAAAUUAAGUGCUAAUGAGAAAAAGUAUUUGAUUAAUGCCAUUUAAAGCUCAGAACAGCAUAAAGUUUAAAUAUCCAAGGCUGCAGUAUGAUGGCAGCCUUGGAUAGGACGUUUAACUGGUUAGAUUAGAUUAAAUGGUGCAGUUAACUUUAGUGGAAUGAUUUACAUUUGUUGUACAUUUGUGUUCCUGUCAUACAAUUUAUGAAAUUUUUGAAAAUUGACUUCUCUGAAACUAAUUAUAUGAGAGUGUGUUCAAAUUUUAAACAUUAGUUGAUAAACAAUGGGGGUAAUAUCAGACCACACAAACAUACAUUUGCUGCCAUCCAAGCUUAUUCUGUUUUGCUGCUGUGCUAAUAACCUGAGUGUAUUGUGUUUCUGGCUAGGAAUUGGAUAGGACAUUGCAUAAACGGUUAACAUUUUCCAGUCUUGAAUACAUUUUUUUAAUGAAAACAUAGAUUGGCUUCACUCUGGUUACAAUUUGUGUGCAUACUGGUCUGGUCUAUAAAUUAACCAGUUCAAAAUAUUUUUAAAAUUGUCUGUGAAUUCUGCAUAUGUUUUAAGCACCUUGCUAAAAAUACCUGUCUUCAAUUAUUUGCCCUGCUUAGAAUAGUGUAAUUUUCCCUCUUUCCCUUCCCCUCUCGAAAGAGCAUAUCUUUGCUAAUUCUGCCUUAUACGGAAUCCCUCUGUGUAUCAUUGUGUAAAAUUUACUUCCUGGGCUGUUUGCAUUACAUUAGAAAUGCAUUUUGCACACUCAGGUUUUGCUGAAGCUCCAGUAAUGUUUGCUUGAGCUGAUGGUAUUGAGCUAUGCACGUGUUUUGAGUUAGUAGAUUUCUUCCCAUUCGUAUGUUUUUUUUUUGUUUGUGUGUUGUACUUGAUUCUGUGUUUCAAGUUCCAUGGUUGGGUUCAACAAAAUGAACAUAUCCUGCUGGGCAUAUGGUCAGUUAGUAAUUUAGAAUGUCCCUAUUCCUUUGACCCAUUGCGAUAACACUUGCAUCAAUAAAUUAAUGGAUUGCAUCGUAACUCUGCCUGCAGGGUAGAGCAGGAAGGUUUAAUAAACAAAACAACCCAACUCCUUUUUUUUCAUGUAUGUGUUGCCUAUUUGUAUGUCUCUCAAUUGUUAAAAACUAUAAUCUAUAUCACAAAUGUUUUAAAAGUUCUUAUUUCUAACAUUUGUAAAGAACUGCAUAAUUUCUGAUUAAACUGUUGCUAUUUUCAAUUAGUAUCAAUUUUUGAAUUUUGUUUCAGAAGCCAUAGGAGAAUUUAUAUAGAAUGUUAUCUUGUAAAUGGAUGUUAAUAUAAAUAGGUGUACAGAGAGAUGUAUGGCUUUUAGUUUGGCCAAAAUGUAUGUUUCUGAUCAUCAUGGAAAAUCCUUUUUAAGCCAUUUUGAGGUCCUUGAAGCCACAAAGGGUCAGUAGUGUCUUAUUUGGUGAAAACAAAUUUAGCAACACAAGUACAGCAUUUCUUUCUAAUAAACCACCAAUAUAUAUUGCUUAUACUCUUCAAUACAACUUUUUAAAGGUUAAAAUAUUUGGAAUUGUGCAGUAACUUUGGCUGACUAACUUUGGAUGUCAAAUCUAAGUACACAGAUGUAUUAAAGUGUGUAAUCAAAAACAUACAUUUUUAAAAUUUGCUGGCCAGACUUAAUGUACAGUACCUCAGUGAGCUCCAGGAGUUAAUUUUUAUCUAUCAGUUAAAUCAUUCCCAUCACAUUGGCAUUUUUGAAAAUAUCUGGAUUUAAAUGCUGAAAUAGUCCUUCAAAACAAAUGCUAGACCCUCAUUCCAUGAAAAGUUUGUGUGAUUUUAAAGAAACAACAUUUUGGUUGAAAUAAUUAUUGUCCUAAAAUCAUCAUUAUUCAAAACUAAAUGAUGUCAUCUGAGGAUGUCUCCAAAUAAAAUUCAAAGGAAAACCAUUUCUGCAAAGUAUGUAAAUGAGAUAACUUUGUUUAAAAUAGUGUUUAGGGAAUUAACUCUUUAGUUGGGAUCAGUGCUAUUUGAAUAUGUUUAAGAAAUAUCUUGUAUGAAAGAAACACUAUUCCCUUCCUUUGAAAUACUGUAUAUAUUUAAUUUGUUGCCUAAAUACAUUAUAUCAUGAUUUAGCUGGUAUGCAAAGCACAGAAACUAGCCCUGGAUGCUUACGUGCAUGGAUUAUUUUGUAAAAUUUAUCACAGCGACCCGUAGAAAAUUUGGCCUUUGGGAGUUGCCAUGUUUUAUUUAAUGAUUCUGAUUUGUCCACUGCCCCUCCACCUCUACUUGACUGUUGAAAAUAGUUUGAAUUGUUUGGAAGUCUUCAACUGGUAUUUUUUUUCCUUCUGAAAGAGCUGUUUAAUUGCUGGUAUUGUAAAUACCUGAAAUUGAAAGAAUUAGAUAUGUAAAUUAUGAACAAAUGUGGGCCCUCCUUUCCAGAAGUGGGGUUUGUUUAAUAUUGUAUUGGAACACACAAAUAUAUUCUCUGCGAUUGUGUGUCAACCCCAGCUACAACUUGGUCAUGCUUUUUUGUCUUAUGUACUGGUAACUAUCUCUCUCACAAGCAAACAAUUCCACUGCAAAUGUAUUAUUUCUUUCCUCCUAAUAAAAAAAAAUUAUCUGAUGAGUGACUUAUUUUUUAGAAAGAGACAGGCAUUGAAAUAUACUAGGGGGGAGCGGGGAAGAUACCUUCAUCUGACAAGGUUCUUAAAAACUUAGUGAAACUUAAAAAAAAAAAUUGCUGAGCAUGUGACUGAGGAACAGCUCUUGCACAAACAUGUGGUACUGUAUAUUUAAUAACUGUGUAGAUUUUAACUUGGGGCAUGGGACUGUGGCCUUAAUAAUACAUGGCAACUUCAAAGUGUGUGGUAUCUGAAAAUUGCGAUCCAAUUUUAUUGUGUAAGAGGUUUCAUCUGUCAAAGAUUUUGUCACUCCUUAACCUUCUGAAAUUCUUUCCUGUAAUACCUUUCCACUUUGUAAUAGAAUUUAGCUGUAAAAGUCAAUUCCUGUCAGCAUCAGUCAUGCCACCCAGCUACAGGAUGUGAAUUCCGUUUCAGUGCAGGCAUUUCAGUUUUUGUUUCCUUUUGAGACUUAAGUCAUGACUGUCUACUAAGUUCACUGACAAUCAUGGUACAAAAUUGUUCAAAUAAAACUCUUCUGCUUUAUUUUCUGCAAUAAAUCUAUUUUCUGUUCCUUUU